AUCCAAUCAUAAUUUUUUAUUUCGUUUUCUAAAUUCUGAGUUUAUAAUAUGGCUUCUGCUAGAAUUAUAAUAACUCUCACGCUAUGUGCAGCUUUGCUCAUCACCCCAUCAUACUCUGCCACCACUUGUACAUCACAGAAAUUUACGAGCGAUAAAAAAUUCACAGAUUGCAUUGAUCUUCCUGUAUUGGAUUCUUACUUGCAUUACACGUAUAAUGCAACCAAUUCAUCACUUUCAAUUGGUUAUGUUUCUGCGCCUCCGAAGCCUGAUGGUUGGGUUGCAUGGGCUAUUAAUCCAACCGCGACGGGUAUGGCCGGUGCACAGGCUCUACUUGCGUAUAAAUCCGAUAAGGACGCGGUUGUGGUAAAAACUUAUAAUAUUAAAUCUCCUGGACCUAUUACGGAAUCCAAGCUAUCGUUCGAGGUUUGGGAUCUGAGCGGUGAGUCCAAUGGCGAUAAUUUGGUGAUUUUCGGUUCUGUUAAGGUGCCAGAGAAGGCGGCCGAGGUUAAUCAAGUAUGGCAAAAUGGCCCUGCUGUGACUAUUGGACAUCCUGCUGGCCAUGAAAUGAGUUCGGAUCACAUGAAAUCCAUGGGAGUUUUGAAGUUGAUGGGUGGUGGUGGAUCAACACCAGCUCCUGGUGGUUCUACUCCGGCAGCUCCCGGUGGUUCCACUCCGGCAGCGCCCGCUCCUCCUCGCAAUGGCGGAGCUUCAUUUGUCAGCAACUUGAGCAUGGCAUCUUGCUUGGGGGUUAUUAUUCUGAUUGCUAGUUUUAUUGGAUUUUGAGUGUGGUGAGGAGAAAAAAAAUAAAAAACCUACCCGAAAAAUAAUUUUCUUUUCUUAUAAUUCCACAUUGAAUCAAUUAAAUUAAUCGAUUCAAUUUGGUUAUUUAGUCUGGUUCGAUUUUUACAUACCCUAACCACAACAACAUUGUCUGCUAGCUUGUGUUUCAGCCAAUGCUUGAAUUUCCAUUUAUAAUAAAAGAAAAUUCUUCAAAAUCGUAA